CGGGGUUUGCGGGGACAGUCAGCUGAAUCGUCGCGACAGAAGCGGGUCUCGCUGCCUCCUCUUCCUGCCGCCGGGAGCGGAGAUAUGGCGCUGGCCUGCAGGCUGUAGGUGCUGAUGCUUCCUACUGGUAAAGAUGCCAUCCCGAACUAACCUGGCAGCUUCGAUCCCCAGCAGCAAAGUGAAAUAUUCCAAGCUUGCGAGCACAGAUGAAGGCUACAUUGACCUGCAGUUCAAGAGGAGCCCCCCCAAGAUUCCCUACAAAGCCAUUGCUCUGGCCACUGUGCUGUUCCUGAUUGGCACCCUUCUCAUUAUCAUUGGGGCUCUGCUCCUGGCAGGAUACAUCAGCAAAGGAGGAACCGAUCGAGCGAUCCCUGUCCUGAUCAUCGGAAUCCUGGUGUUCCUUCCUGGCUUCUAUCAUUUGCGUAUUGCGUAUUUUGCUUCCAAAGGCUACAGGGGCUAUUCCUAUGACGACAUUCCUGAUUUUGAUGACUAGAAGAUGGCAGAACACAGCUUUUUUUUAGGAAGGAAU